UAAAAUUACAUACUUUCCCGUUGAGCCUGUGUGCAUUCCGUGAGUUCUAGCUAGUGGUUGGUUGUUUGUGUUGGUGAGGGCGAUGAACAAAUUGAGAAAAUGUGGUAGUGGAUUGAAGCUCUGAAUUCUACCGGCUCACUGAAAAAUACUCGCAUUUCCUACAAGAUAAUGUCCGGUGCAUCUGGUUCGUCAGGGGGUACGGGACGUGGUCGCGGCGGCGGGGGAUCCACCGGCGCAGCUGUUGACAACAAACCAGAAGCAAAGGAAAAUAAACCAAACCCAAAAAUGUCAAAAGCACUGGGUACAUCGGCUAAGAGGAUUCAGAAGGAACUAGCAGAGAUUACAUUAGACCCUCCUCCCAAUUGUAGUGCAGGCCCUAAAGGAGACAACCUCUACGAGUGGGUGUCGACUAUUCUAGGACCACCUGGUUCAGUUUAUGAAGGAGGCGUAUUCUUCCUUGACAUCCACUUUUCACCAGAAUAUCCAUUCAAACCUCCUAAGGUAACAUUCCGAACUAGGAUAUACCACUGUAACAUCAACAGCCAGGGUGUGAUAUGUCUAGAUAUACUCAAAGACAACUGGUCUCCAGCGCUGACAAUAUCCAAGGUCCUCCUAUCAAUAUGUUCCUUGUUGACUGACUGCAAUCCUGCGGAUCCACUUGUCGGAAGUAUUGCAACGCAGUAUCUUCAAAACAGAGAGGAGCAUGAUCGUAUCGCACGCCUCUGGACCAAGCGUUAUGCGACAUGAUUGCACUGCCACCACAAACCGCCAAUAUGGAACAACCUAAAGUAUCAUACUCAGUACCAUUUUGUUCUAAAAUCCAUCCUGUUCACGUAAAUAUAAGCUUACAAUAUUAUCGAGGUAUCCAUUGUGUGGGUUUUGCGACAAAUACUAUUAGGUAUAAAGAAUGUAGACUACUGUAAUUUAAAUUCAAGUUACGUUUUGAUCACUUGCAUUGUUGAAUGUAUAAGGUUACAUUUUUGCUCACCACUUUGUAAUUGAUGACAAUGACAAUGUGCAUUAGCACUACUAUUUCUGGGGUUAAAACUAUUUCAUCAACCUUACAUAAAAGUUUAAUGUUAUAGGAACAGCAGCUGUUCAUAACAAAAUAUGUAUUAUUGAAUUUAUGUUUACAGUAGUUAUGUAAAUACAUGUGUCGCAAAAUACCCACGUAGUUUAUACGGCUUAUUAAUGUUUAGUUGCAAUUAUCGUGAUGUAUUUAAUGUACUGCUUGGAAUGGUCUGAAAUGUAUUAUUUUAGGGGACGGGAGUUUUAGUUAGUUACAAAUUUAUGGACUUUUGUUAAUGGUUCUAGUUCUGUGUUUUACGGUAUGUGAAGAUGUAAGAAAUAAUCUCUUUAAAUAGGUGAUUUCAAUACAGUUUUAGAUCCUUUAGAAUUCGGUGUUCUGAGAUUCAUAGCAUUCAUAGCUCUUUUCUAGAAUUUAUUACAUCUUAACAUGUGCUUAUUAUUAAUCUUUAAAACAUAAUUACAAACAAUAAACCAACACUUAUGUUGGUUGACUACCACCGUGAACGAAAAUUGAAGAGAUUUUCUUCUGUUGUGAUCUUCGUGUAGACUUUUUCUUUUUAUUACUGGUGAACUUUUUGUUGAUUGGCUCAAAAGUACCUAGAGUCGUGAAAAUUGUAAAGAAAAAAUCUAACUGCCAUUAUCAUACCGUGUAAACACAAAAUAAAUAAAAUUUUACUAUAGAAUGUGUAUUUAGCUAUAAUAUCAGUGAAUUGAGUCAAUUUUACCGCGGAACUGCGACGAUCUCAAAGCACUCACUAACUGUUACUCAUUUAGAAUGUGGCGACUGUGCGAGACCUAUUUAUGAUUAUAAUUUUGGAAUAAAUUACAUUGUCUAGUAGAAUUGUUUUUGAUUUCAGGAUUGUAAGUCAUUUAUUGUUGUAUAUUAGAUGCUUUGAUUAGAAGAUAUGACGAGCAAUAUCUAUUAAUUUCUCAUAACUAGCCUAACAGGAUUGUUUUGACACUGUCUGUACCAAACACGUCUUUACGUAAUUUGAGAAACAAUGUGAGCGCAAAUAGGCGCAUAUUUGCGCCUGUCUGUCUGUCUGUCUAUGACUGUCUUGAGGUAACCAAGCCCUGACAAUAUUUAGAGGAUAUUGAAAUUAUAGUUUGUUUAAUGGGGUUGUUUUAGCUGUUGGGCUGUGAAACCAAACAAGACUUAGCUGGAAAUUGGAGAUGUAGUAAAAUCAAAGCGUAGUGGUUUUAAUGUGGGGUUUCUGAAAGUAACCUGGGAAUCGGGAUCUAUAUAAAAAUUUGCUUGGCAACUUAUAGUAAAUUUAGACCAGAGGAUUUUUUAUUUUAACGUCUUAUUUUUCAAUUAUUAGAUGUUAUUAGCAUUAUAUAAGGCCUCUUAAGCCUUUAUAUACGGCUUACGAAUGUUUUGAGGUGGCAGGGAUUUAUUCAUUAUUUUGUGACCUAUCAAAAUAAAUUUGUAUAGAAAUGUGUUCUAAAUGGGCGCUAAAACAUUCACCAUUUUAUUUCAUUUUCCAUUAG